AGUGAGCUGGGUCUCAUGCGUUCUUUUUCUGUUUUUUGGUUUGGUUCUUCAGCUCUAGUACAAUGUCUGGCCGUGGAAAGCAGGGCGGCAAAGCGAGGGCCAAGGCGAAGACCCGCUCUUCGCGGGCAGGCCUGCAGUUCCCGGUGGGGCGCGUGCACCGCUUGCUGCGCAAAGGGAACUACGCCGAGCGCGUCGGGGCCGGCGCCCCCGUCUACAUGGCCGCCGUGCUGGAGUACCUCACCGCCGAGAUCUUGGAGCUGGCCGGCAACGCGGCGCGGGACAACAAGAAGACGCGCAUCAUCCCCCGCCACUUGCAGCUGGCCAUCCGCAACGACGAGGAGCUGAACAAGCUGCUGGGCAAAGUCACCAUCGCCCAGGGCGGAGUCCUGCCCAACAUCCAGGCUGUGCUGCUGCCCAAGAAGGCGGAGAGCCACAAGGCGAAGGCCAAGUGAAGCUCUCCUGCUCUGGCGCGCAGCGCAAAGCCUGCAAAACCCAAAGGCUCU